AUGAUGCCGACUCCUUCUCGCAGGUCUGCUGAAGCAGUAUCUGGGGAUGACUCGUACGAAACCGAAGUGGUAUUGUCAGCCGAGCGCCUGGAACCUAAGGAUAAUCCGCAUCUCAACGGGGAUUUGGCGUUGGAUUUACGCGAUCAGCAGGUUGACGAUUUUCAGCAGUCCGACCAGAGCCAAAAUAUUCGAACAGCCGUUCCUGAGGACUUGGUCAAUCUGACCAGUGACCAAGGAUCCACUGCGUCAACCCCAGCUGCAGCCUUCGACACCGAUGGCCCUGACUGCCUUGUCUUCUUGGAGGAAAACCAAUCAUUGGGCUUCCAGCUUUCAGACAGCUCUACACUCGAAGGGCUUUCACAACAGUCGACUCAUAAUGCCAAACGGCCCCCAAUGGCCAGUAGAGAAAACCGAAGCUGUUUUGACAAGCAAUUUAACCCCGAUAGUCUGCUGCCCUGUCACGAAUCACCUUUGCUAGCUGCAGAUGGGGAAAGCGAGGACUUCGUCACAGAGCCACCAGCCGGUGUAGUGGAAGAGAGCGCAGUCGGCGGGCAAUCCAAGGACCUGGCUACGGAAAACAACAUUGGCUUUGGUCAGGGAACAAAAGAAGCCGUGGCUGAUGCCAGUUUUGAAAACGGAGGCAACCAGCAGAGCACGGAAUGGGACCCAGAGGCAGCGUCUGAAUCAGCUCGAAUAGCAUCAGCCGUGCAUCAGCCCUCGCCCAUUUAUGGAGGCGACAUAGUCCAACAGCCUUGUGUCAGACCCGAGACAGCUGCAACACCCCGCUCAGCCUCGGACUCGGUGUCGUCUGACUCGCCGACCUCUACGAGCAGGAAGCGAGUGCGACGCCAGCCCGUAAUGUACGACGGCGACACCACUGAUGGCUGUGAUGACCCGAAUGAUGCGGUCUACAUGAACGGCAUUCAAUGCACGCCACGCCAAUCGAAGAAAGCUCCGCCCACUAUACAGAUUGGCUUCAGGCGUAGCCGGCGCAAAUCUCAACACCUCUCCGUCAACGAACCAGUCCAAACUACGGCCGUCAGUAACAAAGUAUACUCUUCCAAUUUGGCUGACAUUGAGACCAUCCCAGUCAGAGGUUUCUUGACGAGACAGAUACUUUUGUCAAAGGUUGUCUAUUCAGUCACCUUCGAGGAACAAGUAGAGCACAUCUGCGUCAAUGGAGUUCCGGACAGGGCUCAGGCACGUCGUGCAAAUGAAGACUCGCACUCACAUGAAAAGCCCCGUCGCCAAGCUUCUCGUUCCACGAGAUCUAUCUCAGAAGCUGACAGGCUUCUCAUUGAGUUGAAGGAACAGCAAGGCUUAUCAUGGAAAGAGAUUGCAAAACGCUUUCCAGGAAGGUCUCAGGGCUCUCUUCAAGUCCGGUAUUCUACACGUCUCAAGAGACGUAACGAAGGAAGCGGCCCCUUGCGUGGGCGCAACGAUAUGGCCCGUCUCGACGUAGGCGACCAGUUGAUCGCUAUUCGCCGGCUGCCUGAGUAA